ACCAUUUUCAAAAAAUGAGUACUAACGACGAUUGGUUUCAGACUGCUAUUGACGACUAUGAGCUUAAAAAUAUACCUUUUGAGAGUUUCAGUAGAAAGAAAAAAAAAAUAGGAAGAGAUGGCUUUGGUGACAUAUAUUCUGUUAUUUGUGAAUCGAUUCCAUCAAUUCCAGAAGUAAUAGCAUUAAAAGGAGUAUCAGUUGGAGAUGAAGAUAAUGAAGAUAAUGACCAAUAUUAUCUUGUUAUAGAAUUUGCUGAUGAAGGAGAUUUGAGAGGAUAUUUAACAAAAAAAAAGGGUAAUCUUAAAUGGGAAGAAAAAUUAAACCUUGCGAUUCAGAUAACUGAAGGAAUAACAUAUAUUCACAACGAACACAAUAUUGCUCAUCGCGAUUUG